UAUUGUAACGUCGGUCCGCUAACUAGUUUGGAGUUUGGAGUUCUUUCUUCUUCUUCCUGAGAGAGAGAGAGAGAUCUCUGGAAAACGAAAGCGAGAUUUAUCAUCAGGUUCCCACCCACGUAUCAGCUGUAAUUUUGCCGAGAGUAACUCGCGAUAAGACAGAAUGAGUAAACCAAUGGAAGAGGACACCAAUCAGGGCAAGACCGAGGAAGAGGAAUUCAACACUGGACCACUCUCUGUUCUUAUGAUGAGCGUGAAGAAUAACACUCAGGUGUUAAUCAACUGUCGUAACAACAGGAAACUUCUUGGGCGAGUGAGGGCCUUUGACAGACACUGCAACAUGGUUCUUGAAAAUGUCAGAGAGAUGUGGACUGAGGUUCCGAAAACUGGAAAAGGCAAGAAGAAAGCGCUCCCGGUCAACAGAGAUCGUUUCAUAAGCAAGAUGUUUCUACGUGGAGACUCGGUCAUUAUCGUCCUCAGGAAUCCAAAGUGAGAAAAAGAGAGAGAGAGAUAUAUACUUAAGAGAGGGCAUGAUACUUGUUUUUGAUAAAUUCUUGUAGGUAUCUUCUAAGUUCAACACUUAUGCGUCUCAUUUCCGUUUAUGUCCGAAUAGACAAGAACCUUAAGAGUUGUAUUUUCUGUUCA